GACGUCGUUACGUGAAUAUCUACGGUGUUCACUCUCUCACUAGUCGCAAUUAGUAACGAAAAGAGUGACUGAGAAAGCCCUAGUGAAAUAGAGAGCAAAAUCCAACAAAACCCACUUCUCAAAUCAGAGUGAGCUAGAAUCUUGAUAGGAAAAUGGCUAUUUCAGGAGAUCUUAGGGUUUCCGCAGCUCUGAGUUCAUACAGAUUCAAUCCUCUUCGCACGGCGUCGCAUUUUCCCCCGUCUAAGGUUGAUUGCAAUGUUUUCGUCAAUGGCGCAUCUAGCGUUAUUGAGGCAAUGCCACGAUGUUCGCGUGCUGUUCUUGAUGUCCACAAUACUCGUUGUCACUCUAGACGGCCUCUUGGAGUUUUCGGAGAUUAUAAGCUUUCACAAAAUCCUUUCGGCCAAGAGGUUGAAGAAUUUCUCCUCAACGCGAUCAACAUGAACUUCUUUGAACGUCUAAACUUGGCUUGGAAGAUCAUAUUUCCAUCACCCAUGUCCCGAAAGAAGUCCAAUGCAAACAUUGCCAAGCAACGCCUGAAGAUGAUUCUUUUCUCAGAUCGUUGUGCAGUCAGUGAAGAGGCGAAGCAGAAGAUAGUAAGCAACGUUGUCAGUGCACUGUCUGAUUUUGUUGAGAUUGAAUCGCAGGACAAAGUUCAAUUGAGUGUCUCAACGGACCCAGAUCUUGGCACCAUCUAUUCCGUCACGGUGCCUGUGCGGCGAGUGAGAACAGAAUAUCAAAUCGACGACGAAUCUGGAUCCAUUACGAAUGUCCAAUACAAAGACACCGGAGAAAGCUCGGGUUCUGUUGAUGUGAAGUUUGAUUUCUACAUUCCCAGUGAGGAACUUCAAGGAUUUUAGUGUGCGAAAACAAGGGGUUAUGGAUGCUUGAGACACGGUGGAGAUUAUUUGUUCCUAAAAAUUGUUUCUUUUUCUUCUUAAGCACUAGAGGUUCUCCUACUCGUUAUAUGGUGUUGUAACCACUGGAGAAGAAUAUAUUCUGUAUAUAUUUGGAAUUUGCUAAUUGGAGAAAUGCUUCUAAUUUUGUGUUUUGCA